AUGGCGACGCGCCGCGCAUCUACAACAACCGGGCUUUCAACUUCGCGAGGUAUCAACCUACGUUUUGGCUGUGAUCACCUGGCUCUUAGCAUAUCCAUCUAUGGUCACCGCCUUCCCAGUCUCCUCGCCCAAAACCAAGGACCGGACCUUGAAGUCCUCCUACUCUCAAUGUCAAUCAAUCGUCUCCUGCAACGACGCGAGGGAGACCGGGGACCCAGAGACAGCAAGAGGAAGCAGCUGUGGGUCAAAAGUACAUUCUUGAACUAUGGAAUCGCCGAUGCAGAUACCUACAACUUCGACGGCACCGGCUUCGCCAUGGGUCAGAUCACGCCAUCCAUGAUUGUCACCCGCGCCGAAAGGAGAGGAAAGCCAAAAAUGACCCGGCCUGGCAUUCGAGAAUGGGCCACAUCGGGGCAGGAGAACUCGGUGCUGGCGUUGGAUCCUACUCCAGCACUACCAGCAACGACAUCGGUGAAGAGGAGCUACGAAGACCGAAUUCGAGAAGACUACGAAGCUCUGACGAAGAUCAGGAAGAUGGCCGAAGCAUUGAGAGUGUCUUGGGAUUUCAACAUGACUUCCGACGACAUCAACAAUUCACUUUUGCGUUUGGAGGGUUAUGCACUCUGCGAAGAUGACACUACCCACAUGAAUGGCAUAUCCUACAACAAGAUUUUGUCUUCCCAAAUAAAUCAGACAGUGGAAGUUGGGUCGGAGCACUUGCGGCCCAGCAGCGUCAAGCCUGACGACAUGCCGCUCGAAGAGAUCAGUCCAAAUGUGCAGAAAAAAGCAUCUCAAGAUGACGGCAAACGAGACACGGCCACCGAAACGGGUGACACCGUCUGUCGAGUUCUCACCGGGAUUCCAAAGGGCAACAGCAACGAAGUUGCAAAGGAGAUGGUAGUGUGA